AUGGACGAACCCCAGCAAGAGAACAGUCGACUUUGCGAGCAAUUUGCAGCAUUCAUUACCCAGAGUAACGCUCAAUUGCAACAUGAGCGUGAACAAAGCGAAGCACGUCUGCACCAUGUCAGUGUAUAUGCAGAGGAGCAACGACGUCAACUGGAGGCACGCGUGAAAGAGUGGGAGACGUUGCAGACAGAAGUGCAACAGCUUCGCAGCGAUAAGCAGGUACUCACGAACGUGAUUACAUAUCUCCAGCGGGAAAUGAGGACUCAAAGAUGCUGGCUAGAGGAUUUGCGACAACAGCUAGUAACGCAAAACCAGAUUAUCCGUAUGAUGAGCCGCAGUUCUCGUCGAGCUUCUCUUACAAGCCCUUCACUACCGCUGAUCCACCAUGAGGAGCCGCUUCAAGAACAAUCACAGCAGGCAGAGUUGAACUUGUAA